GAGCCGGCCGAGGCCCCAGGCGGCGGCGGCGGCGGCGGCGGCGGCGGCGGCGGCGGCGAUGGCGGCCCUGAGGGGACCUGCCGGGCGCUUCCGGUGGCGCGUGCGGGCCGUGCCGGGCGGAGCGCGGGGCACUGCAGGGCGGCAAUGCUAUGACCUCCUGGUGAUUGGCGGGGGAUCCGGCGGCCUAGCCUGUGCCAAGGAAGCCGCUCAGCUGGGGAAGAAGGUGGCCGUGGUGGACUACGUGGAGCCUUCCCCCCGAGGUACCCGGUGGGGCCUUGGUGGCACCUGCGUGAACGUCGGCUGCAUCCCCAAGAAGCUGAUGCACCAGGCGGCGCUGCUAGGGGGCAUGAUCCAUGACGCCCCCCACUACGGCUGGAAGGUGGCCCAGCCCCUGCACGACUGGGGGAAAAUGGCAGAAGCCAUUCAGAACCACGUGAAGUCCCUGAACUGGGGGCACCGGGUCCAGCUGCAGGACAGAAAAGUGAAGUACUUUAACUUCAAGGCCAGCUUUGUCAACCCACACAUGAUUUGUGGUGUCUCAAAAGGUGGGGAAGAGACUCUGCUUUCGGCCGACCACAUUGUCAUCGCCACCGGAGGGCGGCCGAGGUACCCCACGCACAUCGAAGGUGCCUUGGAAUACGGGAUUACGAGUGAUGACCUCUUCUGGCUGAAGGAGUCCCCUGGAAAAACGUUGGUGGUUGGGGCCAGCUACGUGGCCCUGGAGUGCGCUGGCUUCCUCACUGGGCUCGGCCUGGAUGCCACUGUCAUGAUACGCAGUGUCCCUCUACGGGCCUUCGACCAGCAAAUGGCUUUCUUGGUCACAGAGCACAUGGUGGUUCACGGCACCCGAAUCCUGAGGGGCUGCACCCCCUUGAGGGUGGAGAGGCUCUCAGACAGGCGGCUCCAGGUCACCUGGGUGGACCUCGCCUCCGACAAGAAGGACACAGGCACCUUUGACACCGUCCUGUGGGCUGUAGGCCGAGUUCCAGAAACCAGAGGUCUGAAUUUGGAGAAGGCUGGUGUGCGUACCAACCCCAACACUCAGAAGAUCCUGGUUGACGCCCAGGAAGCCACCUCCGUCCCCCACAUCUAUGCCAUCGGAGAUGUGGCGGAGGGGCGGCCAGAGCUGACGCCCACGGCUAUCAUGGCCGGGAGGCUCUUAGCCCAGCGGCUCUGCAGUCGGUCCUCAGACCUGAUGGACUAUGACAACGUCCCCACGACGGUCUUCACACCGCUGGAGUAUGGCUGUGUGGGGCUCUCAGAGGAGGAGGCUGUGGCUCGCCAUGGAGAGGAGCGUGUGGAGGUUUAUCACGCGUAUUAUAAACCACUGGAGUUCGUGAUUCCUGAACGGGACGCGUCCCAGUGUUACAUAAAGAUGGUGUGUCUGCGGGAGCCCCCACAGCUGGUGCUGGGCCUGCACUUCCUUGGCCCCAAUGCUGGCGAAGUUACUCAAGGAUUUGCUCUGGGGAUCAAGUGUGGGGCCUCCUACGAGCAGGUGAUGCGGACGGUGGGCAUCCACCCAACUUGUGCCGAGGAGGUGGCCAAGCUGCGCAUCUCCAAGCGCUCGGGCCUGGACCCCACCGUGACCGGCUGCUGAGGCUAAGCGGCCAUCCCUAGACCCAGGGUGCUCAGCAUGACUUCUGCCCCCACGGCCAGGCUCAGCAGAGGCUCAAAACCAGGCAGGAUGCUGAAGGCCGAGCCCGGGCGAGCUGCGCCCCUGCCCAGUGCAUCUGGACCAACCACCGAGCACCCUGCAGGGAUGGCCCAGGCUUGCAUCUCGCACCCCCGCCCAUGCCAGAUGAUGACGACUUGCGCAGAAACCCCCCGCGGGCUGCCCACGUCUGAGUCCACUGGCGUUUCCAGGGCACAAAUAAAGAGGGUGUUUUCCGGAAGCAUGCCCUGCCCAUGAUGUCCCCGACGCGCCCGGGGUGGCCGCCCGUCUGUCACCCCCUUGCCGUGGGGAAUCCCUUCCGAGUCAUGCUGUGCCGGGGUCAGCGUGCGGGGGGCCCCCAGCACCCCGCCCUGGAGGACCCCGCCUUUCCUCCUGGAGCAGAGCCUCCUGGGAACGCAAGCUGUGUUCCAGAGCCACCUGCCAGUGCCAUGGCCGGUGACAGGAGUGGGAUGGUGCUGAGGCCCUGUCCCCUGAAUGUUCCGCUUUCCCAGGGCCCCAUCCAGCUUGUCGGCUGGGCUCAGGCUAAUCCCGCACAUGGAGGCUGACGGGGAGGGAGGCCCCCGGCACCUGUCAGUCACCACGGAGAGAUGGCGCUGACAGCGACGGGCAGGGCCCGGCAUUGUACUGGGGCUUUAGCGGCGGUUAAUCUCGUGUCUUCCCUAAGAAAACAUCACUUAGUCUGCCGCCCGGGAGCCCUGGGUGGGACCCUGCUUGUCAGCGAACAAAGGAAUGUCUUUGCGCCUUAAUGGGCCUGCGGGAACUCAGACGCCGCUCGCGUGAAGCGUGUGCAGCGGCCCUCAGACGCCCCAUUGAGACGCCAAGUGCCGGGAGGGGCCAGGCCUCUUGACAAAUGCAGCGCGAUCAGCCGUGUCCCGUUUAACGCCCGGCUGGUGGCCCCGUGAGGAGGUUCCCUCUGCGCUGGGCGUGGCCUCCCAGCCUUGGAGGCAGGGGGCGGGCUUUGCGGGGUCAGCUGACCGGGAUGGGGGCGGGGCCUGGGCAUUGGGAUGGCCACUUGGGGCCAAAGAGGGACCUGAGGCGGCCUCGCGGCUUCUUGUGAUGCCGGGUGAUGCAGUCGGGCUGGGAGCCCCACGCACCUGCCAGGCGGCCACCCCACGUUGGUACCCCUGCAGCCCCUUUCCCAGGGCAGCCUCGAUCCAGCUGUGCCUGCGACAUCCUCUCUCUGGCCAGUUCACGCAGCCUGUGUGGCCACCGAAGGGAGAACAAAGCCCCCACGGUGCUCGGGACAGCCCUGGGGCGCCGCCAGUGUGGAGGCCCCUCCCCCACGCGGGGCUCACCCCCUCCCCGUCGCAGGCAGGGGCCUGGCCCCGUUCGCAAGCAUCAGGAGCCACAAAGGGCCCGGCCAUGUCCCCCGUGCCCCCUGCCCUGGGGGCUCCAGUGGGAUGGUGUGUGCAGACCCAGGCUUCCCUCGCUGACCCCCAGCCCCCCGCCCUGCACUUGGGGAGGCGCCCACUGUACUCUUGGGUCUCAGGCCGGAGCUGGGCACAGGGCAUUCUGUCCUGCUUGUGUGUCCCUCGGGCCUGCCUGGCUCCAGGGUCGCUCACUGCGUGGCCUGAGGCCCCUCCCUGGGCAAAGCCCGGCUCCAAUCUCUCCUCCCAGGGAGCGUAGGGAGGGGCCAGAACCCCACAGGCCAGGUGCUCUCCACCUGGGCCCAGGGCCGCCUCCUGCUCCUUGGCAUGUUUUUAUGGUGCAAUGAAAAUAUGACUUUAAUUCCUCGGAUUGUUCUGUGUAACCUACAGUGACCCGGCGAUGUCCUGCACUCAUCUGCUUGUGGCUGCGGGUUGUGCAGUGACGUGAGGGAGCUGCUGCUGGGGCCAGCCCACCCCUCCCCUGCCUCUCCCUCCAUUGGGAAGCCCUCUGCUGCCACCCCAGUCCUCCCCCAGCCCCCUGAGGUGCUGUCCCCGAGGUCCCAGGCCCCCGGGGAGGCGGAUACACAGGGGAGGGUGACCAGUCCUCAAGGGCUGGGCUGAGGGCUGCACACCCUCCGCAGGCCGUGGGUGCCCCCCAGCAUCCCACAGCCAUGUGGGGACCCCCAGUGUUGCUGGGUGGGUAGCAGGGAACACCCACCCUACACAUGCCUCAGCCAUAGUUUCACGCGGCAGCAGGCCUGGCUGAGUAGGUGACUGCCAGGUCCAGCCAGGGGCCCUCCAGGCGGAGUUGCCCUAUGAGAAACAGCCGUUGUCAGGUGGUGCCCAUAGGUCGGGGCAUCUGUCCUGUGGCCACAAGCCAGGCAGCAGCUCAGAGACGUGGCUGGUGUCCUGGCCUGAAGCAGGCCCCAGUGCUGAGCCCAAGACCCUCAGCCACUGCUCACUGCCUGACGCUGAGCUUCCAGGAGCUGCUGCGGUGCAGGUGGCCCAGGGUCCUGCAAGAGGGACGUCGUGAGUAGGCUGGGCAGUGUGCUUGUCCAGAGGCCCAGGGCCACCAGGCCGCAUGACUGAGCCCUGCGGACACUGUUCAGGCUCUGGGCGCCCGGCCCACCCCAGUCAGGGCACCCCCCCACCGUGAGGCCUCAGUGCCCUGCACUCACAUCACUCACGGAAGCAUCUGGUUCUUACGAGUCCGCCAUGAGAGGCUCCUCCGUGCUGGCCGGGUCUGGGCCAGGCCACCAAGAGCUCCAGGCUGCCCCCACUCAUCCCUGAGCCCCUCUGGGAGCCCAGGACCCCUGGGUGCCCUCACCUGAGCCAUGGCCUCUUCCUGCCCAGCUUGACCAAGCCUGCCCUGACCUCCACUGCCCACCUCCUUUCUGGUCAGCGCCCACCGGUCCUGCUCGGCCCACCCUUGGGUCCUAGUCCGGGUGCACGUGGGGGGACGUUGUGGGCCGGUCACUGCCAGAAACAGGUCGGGAGAUGCCCCCCCUCCCGGGGCGAACAAGCCCAGCAGGGUGCCUGGGCCCGAGGUGGCCACAUCACAAACAGCCCCACGAGUGUCCCCUGCCCUGUCUCUGCUGUAGCGCCAAGGUCCCACAGCACAUCCCUCUGCUGGCCAGUCCCGUCGGGAAGCGUCUUUGGUGGAAGCGAUGCCUGAUCCCGAUGGCCACAGAUGGCACCCGCCUUGGGCUGGUGCCAUGGUGCCUGGGGACAGUAGCUGGGUUGUCCGCCCCGAGUAGCCAGGGUCUGGCAGGAGACCCGCUCCUGCUGACACACCGGAUCUUUUGGGCAACACUGGGAGGGAGGAGACUGUUUUACAGAUGCUGCUUCUUGGUCUGCUGGAGCGCGGCCUCAGGACAGGUGGGCUGUGGCCUUCAGACCUGGGUCUGACGUCUGUGGGGGGAAGCACAGCCUAGUCUGCCCUGAUGCAGACCCUCGCUCUCCCCGUUUGCUCUCCCCAGGCCCACUCCUCCCCAUUGGCUGGCCCUCCCUGCGGCCCAGCUCCUGGAGAGCUCUCGGGUUUCUGGGCCUGCCCCGAGGGCUCUGGGAACCCUGCACGUCCUGGGCCCCAGCCAAGCACCUGUGCCUUCCCAGGGCCAGCAGAGCAUCUUAGAGCUGAGCCCGCCUAAUCCCAGCCCAACGUGGCUUAUGGUGCUCGGGUGUCCCUAAUCCCGAAACCCAAGCCCGGGUCCCAGCAGCCAUACCAGCACCGUCCAAGUGGGCAGCAGGAGGACCACCUCCCUCUGCGUGCCUGUUGUUUGGAGCUGAUCCCCACUGGGGACAGGACACCCGCAGGGUGAACACCCAAUCCUGAUGAACGCGGGUGAGCUCAGGAACCACCGAGCCCUCACUGCCUGGCUGGUCCUGCUCCAGCCUAGCCCCAGGGCUGCCCAGCGGCGACAGCAGAAGCAAACAGGAGAGGCAGGCCUGGCUCAAGCCUUGAGACUCUGGCCUCUAGGGUUUCAUGGGACAGUGAUCGAGCCUGCAGUUCCAUGAAAUUAAGUUUGUUGGGGUUUUUUUUUCCUAAUAAAUUUGGGAUCUUUAUGGCAUAAAACUGAUGAUCAAGUAACACCAAAAGCUUGGGAAUAAAGUGGAACCAUGAGCAACAGGCACUGUGGCCUUGUUACAUAGCAGCUGGGGGUCAGGAGCCUGCAGGGCCCAGCUCCCUGCCUGGCCGCCAGCCACUGACCCAGCCAGGGCUCCAGGCACUGGGCACGGCCCCCCACGGGCCCCCUUUUCAUAAUUAUGUUAUCGAGGCAUGCAGCCCAUGAUGGCAAGAAUGGCUAACGGCCCCUGAUGGUCUUAGUAUUUUUGAAGAAUUUUCAUACCCAUAAGUUCCCCCAAAGCAGAUGUAAGUGGCUCCUGAGCUACCAGGGUCAAGACGUGGGACAGAACGGGAGGCAAUUGAAGCAACAUCUGGACGUGUCUUCUUUGGGCCUCCACCUGACAAGUGAGAAGACUGAUGCCCAGACCCCCAGGUGCCCCGUGGGGCAUGAAGGUCCGAGGAGCCUGCUUUGCAAGGUCUGAGCUCCACACACCAUGUGUCCGUGGAAAGGGUUGCAGCUCAGAGCCGACCCGACUUCCUGCAGCUUUCCUCCUCCAGCUCUCGUGUGCCAGGGCCACACAGGGGAGCAGGAGGCCAGGUCUGCUCCAAGUGUUCCACUAGGCGCUGUGUGUCUUAACGUACAGGCAGCAUAGCUGGAUUGGUGCUUGUGAGACAGAUGUACAGGGGGCAGAGGGGCUGGUCUGGGUGGUGUCUGAGCAGCUUGUAUAAAGCUAACUUUUCGCAAAUAAAAGUGAUCAACUCCACACAAAAUAGAAAAGAUACUGUCUGAAGGCACUGAAGAGCAACCAAAAGCAAUCAGAAACUAGAGGGAAUCCAGCCACUGGAAAAAGAAAUGCACUGAGUGAGAUUCGCGUGUAUAUGCAUUUCCCCUGAGGUCCCUCCCUAGGGCAGGGCACCAGUGACCAGAAUGGGAACAGGAAGCUGUAGUCCUGCUGGCUUGAGGUGCCAGAGAACAGCUGGGGUCAGCCAGAGCAUCUGGAAAUGAGGGAGAAAAUCCCUGAAAACCUGCAUGUAAACUCCCAUCAGAUCCUUAGUUGAUGACUGAACUGCUCGUGUGGGAGCGAGACUCAAGGAGGAGAGAGCAGAGAUUUCAGUGAUCAUCCACUGCAGGGGGACAGAGAGUUUGGAUCUCAAGUCCCACCAAGUCACAGGGGCUGUGCAAACACUGUGGGCCUUCCCCUGAAACCACAGCAAGUCCACACCUUAGGAGAAAAAAUUAGGUUCCAAGACUAACAGGUUUGUGUAGGACUAAAGGCAAAACUGCAACAGAUCCACCCUCACAAAAAUAAAACCAUGCCUCCAAAAGUUCAAAGUGGAAGGCCUGCUGAAACAAAGGCCAAUACACUUCAGAAGAUAACAGACUCCAAAGGCUCUACAAAAUGCCAUCAGUGUCCAGAAUGCAACUAAAAAUGACUAGAUGGGUGAGGAACAUGGAAAUGUGAUUCCUAGCCAAGAGGAAAAAGCAGUUCCUAGAAACCAGCCCCAGGAUGA